ACCAGACGGACAGACGACGCUGACUCCUCGUGGACCCUCCAGCCAUGAGGCUCCUCUGGGGGCUGAUCUGGGUGUCCCAUCUCUUCGCUUUGUCUCUGCAGGAGCCCAGGCUGCUCCUGUUCUCGCCUUCUGUGGUGCACCUGGGGGUCCCCCUGUCGGUGGGGGUGAAGGUCCAGGAUGUGCCCCCAGGCCAGACCGUGCAAGGAUCGGUGUACCUGCGGAACCCAAAGAACGUGAACGUGCCCUGCUCCCGGGAGGUGCCCUUUCGCCUCAGCUCAGCAAAUGACUUCACACUCCUCAGCCUCCAGACCCCCUUGGACAGCGCCAAGGCCUGUGGCCUCCAGAACCUGCUCGGAGGCCCUGAGGUGCAGCUGAUAGCCCGGUCGCCGUGGCUGAAGAGCAUUAGCCGCAAAGGUGUGGAUACUCAGGGCGUCAACCUGGUCUUCUCCUCUCGCCGGGGCCACCUCUUUCUGCAGACGGACCAGCCUGUGUAUAACCCUGGCCAGACGGUCCGGUUCCGGGUCUUCGCACUGGAUCAGGGAAUGCGCCCGUCCACGGACACCCUCACGGUCACUGUGGAGAACGCUCAGGGCCUCCGUGUGCGGAAGAAAGAGCUGUUCUCCUCCACAUCCAUCUUCCAGGAACACUUUGUGAUCCCAGACAUCUCUGAGCCCGGGACCUGGAAGGUCUCAGCCCGGUUCUCAGAUGCCCCGGAAUCCAACUACAGCACCCACUUCGAGGUGAAGGAAUACGUUCUGCCCAACUUUGAGGUCAAGAUCACCCCUGAAAAGCCCUACAUCUUGACCGCACCCGGCUUUUUCGAUGAAAUCCAGUUGGACAUCCAAGCCAAGUACAUCUACGGGAAGCCAGUGCAAGGGGUAGCGUAUGUGCGCUUUGGGCUCCUGGGUGAGGACGGCGAGAAGAGGUUCUUGAGGGGGCUGGAAAACCAGACCAAGCUGGUGGAGGGCCAGAGCCACGUGUCCCUCACGGAGGCCCAGAUCCGGGAGGCCCUGGCAAAGCUGGCGCUCAACGUCGAUGACCUCCCGGGGCUGCGUCUCUACGUUGCGGCGGCCAUCAUCGAGUCCCCAGGUGGGGAGCUGGAGGAGGCUGAGCUCACAUCCUGGCGUUUUGUGUCGUCUCCCUUCUCCUUGGAUCUUAGCAAAACCAAGCGCCACCUUGUGCCCGGGGCCCCCUUUCUGCUGCAGGCUCGGGUCCAUGACAGGCUGGGCUCCCCAGCUGCUGACGUCCCCGUCAAAGUUUCUGCCACGCUGUCCGCUGGGUCUGCUUCUGAAGCCCAGCACUUUCAGCAGAACACAGACGAGAGCGGCCAAGUCAGCUUUCUUGUCAACGUCCGUCAGACCACACAAGAACUGCAGCUCCUGGUAUCUGCAGGCUCCCCACAUCCAGACGUGGCCAGGCUCACUGUGACAGCCCCGCCCUCACAAAUCUCCAGGUUCCUGUCUAUUGAGAGGCUGCAGCUCCAGGCCCCUCGUAUUGGGGACACUCUUAACCUGAACCUGCGAGCCGUGGGCAGCAGCCCGGCCACCUUCACUCAUUACUACUACAUGAUUCUGUCCCGGGGGCAGAUUGUGGCCCUGCACCAAGAGCCCAGGUCGACAGUGACCUCGAUCUCCAUCUUUGUGGACCAUCACCUGGCCCCCUCCUUCCAAGUCGUGGCCUUCUACUACCACAAGGACACCCUUGUGGCCAACUCCCUGCGAGUGGACGUCCAGGCUGGGGCCUGCGAGGGCAAGCUGGAGCUGAAAGUGGAUACUGCCAAGGAGUACCACCCUGGGGACUCUGUCAAGUUCCACCUGCAGACCGACUCCCCGGCCCUAGUGGCCCUGGGAGCUGUGGACACAGCUCUGUACGCUGUGGGUGGCAAGUCCUACAAACCCCUCAACAUGGCCAAGGUCUUUGAGGUCAUGAGCAGCUAUGACCUCGGCUGCGGCCCAGGUGGUGGGGCCACGGCCCAGCAGGUGUUCGAGGCAGCGGGUUUGGCCUUUUCUGACGGCGUAUCCUGGACCGAAUCCCGAAAGAGUCUCAGCUGCCCAAAGGAGAAAGCCCGGAAAAAGAGGAACGUGAACGUUCAGAAAGCCAUCAGCCAGAAGUUGGACCAGUACACCUCCCCUGUGGCCCGGCGCUGCUGCCUCGACGGGCUGACCCGGCUGCCCAUGCCGCGGUCCUGCGAGCAGCGGGCGGCCCGGGAGGAGGAGCUGAUGGAGGAAGACGACAUCCCCCUGCGCAGCUUCUUUCCCGAGAACUGGCUAUGGAGACUGGAGAGAGUGGACGGCUCCAAGACCGUGCCCCAGUUUCUCCCCGACUCGCUGACCACGUGGGAGAUCCAUGGAGUGAGCCUGUCCCCGCGCACCGGCCUGUGUGUGGCCAAGCCCGCGCGGCUGCGCGUGUUCCGAGACUUCCACAUGCACCUGCGCCUGCCGCCGGCAGUGCGCCGCUUCGAGCAGCUGGAGCUGCGGCCGGUGCUCUACAACUACCUGGAGGAAGACCUGACCGUGAGCGUCCACGUGGCCCCAGUGGAGGGGCUGUGCCUGGCAGGGGGCGGGGGACUGGCCCAGCAGGUGCUGGUGCCCGCCCGCUCCGCCCGGCCUGUAGCCUUCUCUGUGGUGCCCACCUCAUCUGCUGACAUAUCCUUGAAGGUCGUGGCCAGGGGGGCCCUCUUGGGGGAUGCAGUGUCUAAGAUUCUGAAAAUUGAGAAGGAAGGGGCCAUCUUCAGGGAAGAGCUGACCUACGAACUCAACCCCCUGAACAACCUAGCCCGCACCUUGGAAAUCCCUGGCAACUCGGAUCCCAACGUCAUCCCUGAUGGGGAUUUCAGCAGCUUUGUCAGGGUCACAGCCUCAGAUCCACUGGACACUUUAGGCUCUGGGGGGGCCUUGUCCCCAGGAGGCCUGACCUCCCUGCUGAGGCUGCCCCAGGGCUGCGGGGAGCAAACCAUGACCCUCUUGGCCCCCACACUGGCUGCUUCCCGCUACCUGGACAGGACGGAGCAGUGGAGCAUGCUGCCCCCUGAGACCAAGGACCAUGCCGUGGAUCUGAUCCAGAAAGGCUAUAUGCGGAUCCAGACAUUCCGAAAGGCAGAUGGUUCCUACGGAGCGUGGAUACACCGGCACAGCAGCACCUGGCUCACAGCCUUUGUGCUGAAGGUACUGAGCUUAGCCCAGGAGCAGGUGGGUGGCUCGCAAGACAAGCUGCAGGAGACGGCCAGGUGGCUCCUGACCCAGCAACUGGCUGAUGGUUCCUUCCGGGACCCCUAUCCCGUGCUCCACAGAGAAAUGCAGGGGGGCUUGGUGGGCAAUGAUGAGACCGAGGCGCUCACAGCCUUCGUGGUCAUCGCCCUGCAUCGCGGGCUGGUCAACCUCCAGGACGGGACUGUCAAGGACUUGAAGCAGAGAGUGGAAACUGCUAUCUCAAGCGCAAACUCGUUCCUGGGGAAGCAAGCCAGUGCCGGGCUCCUGGGCGCGCACGCGGCUGCCAUCACCGCCUAUGCCCUGACCCUAUCCCAGGCCCCCCAGGACCUGCAGGACGUGGCUCACAACAACCUGAUGGCCAUGGUCCAGGAGGCCGGUGAGAACCUGUUCUGGGGCGCUGUUGGGGGCUCUCAGGACAACGCCGUGUCGCCCACCCUGGCUCCUCGCAGCCCGUCCGAACCCGUGCCUCAGGCCCCGGCCCUGUGGAUCGAAACGACCGCCUAUGGCCUGCUGCACCUGCUGCUUCGAGAGGGCAAGGCCGAGAUGGCCGAACAGGUUGCAGCCUGGCUCACCCACCAGGCCAGCUUCCAGGGGGGCUUCCGCAGCACCCAGGACACGGUCAUCGCCCUGGACGCCCUGUCUGAAUACUGGAUCGCCUCCCACACCACCGAGGAGAAGGAGCUCAACGUGACCCUCAGCUCCACCGGCCGCAACGGCUUCAAGUCCCACUCGCUCCACCUGCACAACCACCAAGUGCGGGGCCUGGAGGAGGAGCUGCAGUUUUCCCUGGGCAGCAAGAUCAGUGUGCAGGUGGGAGGAAACAGCAAAGGCACCAUGAAGGUCCUUCGCACCUACAACAUCCUGAACAUGAAGAACACGACCUGCCAGGACCUGCGGAUUGACGUGACGGUCAAGGGCCACGUGGAGUACACCAUGGAAGCCAAUGAGGACUACGAGGACUACGAGGACUAUGGCGAGCCUCCAUCCAAGGAUGACCCAGGUGCCCAGGCGCUGCCCAUAACGCCCCUGCAGUUGUUUGAGGGCCGCAGGAACCGCCGCAGGAGGGAGGCGCCCAAGGCAGGCGAGGAGUCGGAAACGCGAGUGCAGUACACGGUGUGCAUCUGGCGGGACGGCAAGGCAGGCCUCUUCGGGAUGGCCAUCGCUGACAUCACCCUCCUAAGUGGCUUUCACGCCCUGAGGGCUGACCUGGAGAAGCUGACCUCCCUCUCUGACCGCUACGUGAGUCACUUUGAAACCGAAGGCCCGCACGUCCUGCUGUAUUUCGACUCGGUCCCCACCUCGAAGGAGUGCGUGGGCUUUGGAGCUGUGCAGGAGGUGGCUGUGGGGCUGGUGCAGCCAGCCAGCGCCACCCUGUAUGACUACUACAACCCAGAGCACAAGUGCUCUGUGUUUUAUGGAGCACCAAGCAAGAGCAAGCUCCUGUCCAAACUGUGCUCCGGAGAUGUCUGCCAGUGUGCCGAGGGGAAGUGCCCUCGACAACGCCGUGCCCUGGAGCGGGGCCAGCAGGAGGAAGAAGGCUACCGAAUGAAGUUCGCUUGCUACUACCCUCGCGUGGAGUACGGCUUCCAGGUGAAGGUCCUCCGGGAAGACAGCAGGGCUGCCUUCCGCCUCUUUGAGACCAAGAUCACCCAAGUCCUGCAUUUCACCAAGGAUGACAAGGCUACCAUUGGCCAGACCCGAAACUUCCUGGUUCGAGCCUCCUGCCGACUUCGCUUGGAGCCUGGGAAAGAGUAUUUGAUCAUGGGCCUGGAUGGGGUCACCAGGGACCUCAAGGGAGACCCCCAGUAUCUGCUGGACUCCAACAGCUGGAUUGAGGAGAUGCCCUCAGAGCGCCUGUGCCAGAGCACCCGCCAGCGGGCAGCGUGCGUCCAGCUCAGCAACUUCCUUCAGGAGUACAGCACCCAGGGGUGCCAGGUGUGAGGAAGCUGCCCCACAGGGGCCUGAACCGGGCACGGGGACCUCUGCUCCCGUGACUACAGCCCAGGGAGGACCAGGGGCACAAUAAAGGCCUUUCACACAAA